ACAAAAUUCCAGACUGAGAGAGUUUGUGAUAAGCAGUUUGAUCAGUUGCUGGUUGGCAAAAGGCAGAAGAUUUCUAUUAAAAAAAUAUUAAAUAUUCACUAUACAUAUCACAAACAAAUCCAUUGUUUAUAAGCGAGUAUGGUAUUUAAAUAUAUUGCUUUGUGAAGACUAUCGGAGAUGAUCCGGAUGACUGUACUCGGGAUUCUCUGCUGGGUUCAUGCAGCUGCUGCAGGAACUCAUUCACUGCAUUUUGUUCACAUAGCGACCUCAGAAGGGACAGGAUUCCCAGAGUAUAUGUAUGUGGGGAUGCUGGAUGAUGUGCAAAUCUCGUACUAUGACAGCACCAUGGAAAAACCUGUCCUCCGAACACACUGGUCAAAUAAGACUAAGCGUGAGGAGUUCUUGAAAAUACAUACUGACUAUAUUUUCUAUGGUCGUGAAGUCAGAAAAUGGGGUUUGAGAAAUUUAGUCCAGCACUUCAACCACACUGGGGUUCACACUUACCAUAACACGGGUGGCUGUGAGCUGGAUGAUGACGGGACCAGGCGGGCACAUUCAUCUCACUCGUAUGAUGGGAAGGAUUUUAUUAGUAUUGAUGUGGAGACCAUGACCUGGAUCGCUGCUGUGUCGCAGGCUGGCUUAUAUAAACAACAGCGGGAAGCUAACACAGCAUGGCAACUUAAGACUUCUUACUAUUAUCAACAGGUGUGUUUCCAGUUGCUGGAGUGCUGUGUCCAGUACGGGAUGGGAACCCUGCAGAGGAAAGUCCGCCCUGCAGUGACGCUGAUACAGAGGAAAGCGCGGGAAUCUGCAGGAACAGACGUCAUUUGCCACGUGACGGGGUUCUACCCCCGAGAGGUUGAGGUGAACUGGAUCAGAGACGGUGAGGCUCUGCUGGAGGAGGGGGUGUGGAGUGGAGAGGUGCUACCCAAUGAGGACAGAACCUACCAGCUGAGAAAGAUCCUGACAGUGAGUCCUGAGGACCAGAAGAAACACCGCUACUCCUGCCAGGUGGACCACGCCAGUCUGGAUGAGAAGAUGGAUGUGAAAUGGGUUCCAGAGGCUGCUCUCAACAUGGGGUUUGUUGCUGCUGGUGUGCUGGCUGCUCUGGGUCUGAUCAUCGCAGUGAUCAUAGGAGCUCUCAUCUGGAAGAAAAGAGCAUCAGCAAAUGAACAAAGUGAUGCUUCAUCCAACUUAUCCAACUCCACCAACAAUGACAGGUGUGACCCCAUUGCAGAGAAGCUGAUGACACAGACAGAAUAAACGACUCAGCUGAGGCUUCAUCUUUUCCACUUCAUUGUGCCUGAUGUUACCACACAGAGCGAUCGCACAAACCAAUAGACAAGGAAGCUGUGUGGCAGCCGUCUGUGUCAAAUUAAGAAUGUGAAGUCAUUUGUAGAAUUAUUAUAUGUCAUGUAUUAUUAUUUUACGGAAGCUUUGAGAUGUACAGAAGAUGUUCACUUUUCAGUGUACCUGUAAUAUUUCUGUAAAUAGUAAAUAUAUAUAUAUAUUAGUGUCACUUCUUUAACUUCUUUCAGUCUUAAAUAAUGUAAUGAGUCAAACUCUCUGAAAAAACAUUCAUUAAAUAACUCAAGUGAAGCUUUUUGAGAAGCAUCUUGAAAUGUGAUCAAGAGUAUCAUGUGAAGCAUAAAUGUGUUUGUGAGGGCUGGGAGCCCCGCACAUGAAAAGAGGGCAGGGCACAGCCCUGUGUAAAAUGUAUUUGUUUUGAUUUAAAUGUAUUAUUUGUUUACUUUAGAACCGGGUCACCCCUCCGCCCCUGUGCAAUUUAUCAUUUUGUAUUUAUUUUGUGGUGUUAUUAUUAUUAUUAUUAUUAUUAUUAUUAUUAUUAUUAUUAUUAUUAUUACUGUGGUGAGUUAUUAUUAUUAUUAUUAUUAUUAUUAUUGUGGUGAGUUAUUAUUAUUAUUAUUAUUAUUAUUAUUAUUAUUAUUUGUUAAUGUGACAGUGAAGAGUCGUAGGUUUUGUUUGGCAGCGUGGAUGGGAAGCCCCAUCCACAAUUUUACAACCUCGUGGUAAUGUGUGGCUGUCGCUAGUGCGUUGUUAAACUAGCCGGCAGUCGCACGUAAUUAAUAAACUGGUGCAGAUAGUGGCCGAGGGGUAAUAGAAUCAUUACUAGCUAGUUAAACCCCUCGGCACGGUAUAUAAACCUGCAGCGCUCUCAGUUGGGGGUGGAGAGUAGUGGGGAGAACACGAGCGAGAGAAGACGUCUGAAAUCAAAAGAAACUAAGAAACCAAGGAUCAGUGAAGGCUGCUGCCCAGCCCGACUUGUCUUCCUCAGUGUUGGUGAUGUUGUUUUGUUUGAUUUAUUUUUACUCUGUGUGUGUUUAUUCUUGUUAUUUAAAUAAACGGCGCUGCAGCGUCUUUGUGCACUGCA